AUGUCUUUCAAGGACUGCGCAGUUGAAAACGUGACGGUGUUUGAUCAGGACACGGAGAGAAAGAUUGCCGUAUUGUGUGGAAUGGAAUCAGAGUCGUCCGUUCUAUCCACGGGGUCACGUAUGCGCGUCACAUUCCACACAAUUCGUUCGCCCUUGGCAGGCCCGUUUGCUGCAAGCUAUGAACCAUACAUUUGUGGAGGAGUGCUUUCUACCCCAAACGGUGCAUUUUGGUCUCCACUCUAUCCGGAUCGGUAUCCAUUAAAUUCCAACUGUCGCUGGACAAUCAUGCUUCCCGUACCCGGAAUUGAACUCACGUUUCGCGCGUUUGAUGUCGGACUACCUUCAUGUACCUUCGAAAAAGUCGUGAUUUUCGAGGGGGUGGACGAAUCGGCUCCUUUGAAAGAUAUUCUCUGUGGUACCCUAAAUGGGCGAUCGUAUCACACGACCGGGUCCAGCCUUCUCAUUGUGUUUCAAGCAAAUCAAUGGCCACGUCGAGCGACCGGGUUCUAUGCGACUUACAAGAGUACAGCACUGCCAGAUAAUCAGCUGACCGAGGCACAUCGUGCGAAAAUCCCUAUUGAUCGUGUCACAAAUUUGCACGGUCUUGAACACGAAAACUCACCGGAGGGACUCCAGAAUCAAGGUCCAGCUGAAGACCAAGCGAAAAUAAACGACUUGGAAUAUGAUAACACAUUUGAUAAUCAGAAAAACAUUUUGGAAUCCAAAGAACCAAGUUAUUUUGAUGUUGGUGUGAAUACCAAAACUGUCCAAACAGCUGAAUAUGAGGAAACCAAGUUGAAUUCAAACCACGAAACAUUUGGUAACGUAUCUACGAGUCCCGACUUACCUCUGGGCACAACGGCAUCAAUGGUUGAUAUUCUAUCGACAGAUAACCCUAGUUCAACAAAAGCAAUGAAGACAAGUGAAGACGAUUCCCCCAUGAAUGAAACUAGUGUUCCUGAAACAGAUAACAUUUUUGAGAGGAUUCCGGAAGGAACUUAUACUACUGCCACAUCUAUUGAACCAUCUCAGACUAGCCUGUUACCAUUAGAUGCUCAUCAAGAAAGUGAGUUGCCAUUUAAACGCCUGAGUGAAAGUGCAACUGAUCCGGGAUUAUCUGAUGAUACUGUCCAUCAGAGCGGGAAGGAAAGUGGAUAUAUGUCAGCUAUCCCUGUUGAUACACUGGCGACAUCAGACUCAACUAUUGUUCAGAUACAGAAGGAACCGAAUCAUGAAACAUCUAAAUCGAGCGAUGCCGAAACCGAAACACGCGACGAGUUGAACCUCAACAAAGGUACUCUGGGUGAGCAAACCAAUACAGUGUUGGGACUAAUUUCUGAAAAGUCGCUAAUUCAUUUCUCCAUCUUUUGA